AUGUUAGGCGUUCUGUUGCUGGUCGCCAGCACACUAGCCUGCUCCUUCGCUCAGAUUCUCGAAUUGAAACCUGGAAGUGUUCAUGGUUUCGAAUAUACUACGAAAGGCGGUGAAGUUGCCGAAGUGUUUCUUGGGAUACCAUACGCCGCUGCACCCAUAGGAGAACUGAGAUUUGAGAUUUCGAUUGAUACGAAACAUUUUCAGAAACCCGUUCCCGUCGUGCCAUGGAAAGGAGUUCGUAAUGGGACUCAAUUCGGUGCCACCUGUCAUCCACACGCACGUAAAGCUGCCCUAACGCCGAAUCCCAAUGAAGACUGUCUGACAGUUAAUGUAAUUCGACCAAAGAAGGAGGCACCCGCUGGUGGAUACCCAAUUCUGCUAUGGGUUCAUGGAGGCGGCUACGAAAUAGGUUCAGCCAGCUUGUAUGGUUACAAAGGGUUCGCGGACAUCUAUAUACCGCACGACAUAAUCGUGGUCACUCUACAGUAUCGCUUGGGCGUAUACGGCUUCUUCUCCUCGGGAGAUUCUCGAAUGCCUGGAAACCUUGGAUUGUUCGACAUGGCUGAAGCUGUCAAGGUUAUUCUCGAUUUUAUUCUCAGCAUUGAAGGAUUUCUUAUUGUGAUAUUUCAUGGCUACGCAAACUUUGGACUUGACUGUAUCAAGUGGGGACCCGUGAUUGACGGCGAGUUCCUACAAGACCCGGACGAGAUGGCUACCACUGCACCCCCGAAAGCUUCGAUUAUAGGCAUUUCGAAUAAAGAAGCAGCUUUUUUUACUAUAAAAGCCCGCGCAAACACGAUCCUUAGUAAUCUCGGAAUCAGUCAUGAUGAUUUCCUGCUAUGGAACAGAGACAAGCUGAUAGCGACUAUUAAGGAUUUCAUUCGACACGAAUUUUUCGAGAGUAAUACGGAUGAGGUGAUUGACAAAGUCAUUGCUUAUUAUGUCGAUAGAGAUGAGGAGGACUCGUAUGAUUUCUAUCUUGACAGAUACACAGAGUUUAUCAGCGAUGUCAUGUUCAAUGUGCCUGCCGUAGAUGGCAUCCUAUCACGUCGCGAUAAAGGAUGGGAACUUUUUGCUUAUUCCUUCAAUCACUACAACAAAGCAAUUUGGCCUGACGACUUACCGAAGAGGUUAAAAGGAUCUACGCAUGUCAACGAGUACCCCUAUAUGUUCGACAUCUUCGCAAUGGGCGAGUUCGAAAUCGAUGAAACCGAGCAGAUUGUGGCCGACGUUGUUCAGCAAUCGUUCAUAAAUUUCGUCAAAACAGGGGUUCCAUUGAACCAGUACGGGCCAUGGCAAGACGUUGGGGCAUCAACGGAUCUUAGUUAUUUGGCCAUCUCACCAAAACCUCAAAUGGAACAGGGUUUCUAUAAUGAGCCAACAGCCUUCUGGCACGAACUACGGAAAUACGGUUACGAUCUCAUAAAGCAGGCUUCGACAGGAAGAGUCGAUAGGAUAAUGAAAAACGAGCUGUAG